UCCUUUCAUCGUUGUUCUCUUUCACAAUCUUUCUCUCUUUUUUUUUUAAUCCCUGUUUUGUGAUCAUUGCAAGACGCUUUUUAUUUUGUUUCCUUUGUUCUUUUGGCGUUGUUUUUGCGUUUAAUGUUCUUGGGAUUGUUUUUUUGAUAGGAAAGAUUUAAACUUGAUGUUGUGUUAUGGAUGAAUUCCUGAGGCACUUGAAGAAGUUGAGAAGAAUAUACUUUCAAUGAAACAAUUGCUGUCAGGAAAUGGGGAGGCAGAACUGGACCCAAAUCAGGUUUCACAAGUAGCUGUUGAAGUUUGUAAGGAUGACCUUCUAUCUCUUUUUGUCCUAAAGUUGCCAACUUUGGGAUGGCAAGCUAGAAAAGAUUUAGGGCGUUGUUGGUGUAUUCUGUUGAGCCAGAAAGUUGGUUCUAGUUAUUGUUGUGUUGAUUAUAUUGACAACCAUGUCGAACUCCUGGACUUCCUUAUCGUUUGCUAUAAUAAUAAAGAAAUUGCUUUGAACUGCGGUAACAUGUUGAGGGAAUGCAUCAAGUAUCCAACUCUUGCCAAAUAUAUUCUGGAAUCAACUAGCUUUGAAUUGUUCUUCACAUAUGUAGAACUCCCAAACUUCGAUAUUGCCUCCGAUGCUCUUGCUACUUUUAAGGACUUGCUUACUAGACAUGAAAAUGCGGUUUCUCAAUUUCUGAGUUCCAAUUUUGAACAGUUCUUUGAUCGCUACGAAAAGCUAUUGACAUCGGCAAACUAUGUGACAAGAAGGCAAUCCUUGAAGUUUCUUUCAGAUCUUCUUUUAGAGUCUCCAAAUACGCAUAUUAUGAAGCGAUAUAUUCUGGAAGUCCGAUAUCUAAAAAUUAUGAUGGAAUUAUUACAGGAUUCAAGCAAAAAUAUUCAGAGAUCAGCCUUCCAUGUUUUUAAGGUAUUCGUAGCUAACCCGAAUAAACCACAAGAGGUAAUUGAUACCUUGUUAAAGAAUCGUGACAUUUUGGUGAUGCGUCUUUCUAAUCUUCCAACAAGCAAAGGUGGUGAAGAUGAGCAACAACUUGAGGAGGAGAGAGAUCUAAUAAUACAGGAAAUCGAAAGUAUGUCAUCGUCACCUAAUUCCAUUUCAUAGUUCUCUUUUUUCCUACAUAAAUCUUGUUUUUGCUUGAUAAAAUUCUUUAUUGUUUCUAAUUGGUUCAUUGAUUAAUUUUGCAUUUUAGUGAAAUUCUUUGUCCGAGAUUUUUUAUGUUUUUAAUGUGAUUUAAAAGGUAUGUAGUCACAAUGAUUUAAAUAAAAUGUUAUGU